AUGGCUGUGUCUUUAAAAAAAAGUGAAGUAAUAAUAAAACAAUGUGAAGCAUUAUCUCAAUUAGUUGCAAAAUUUAAUAAAGAUGUGGAAAAUAUGAUUGCAAUAACUACAAAUGAUAUGAAUUAUCUUCUAUCAUCAAUUCAAGAGAAUAUUAAAGAAACAACAUCAAUUGUUAUGAAUGAUUUAAAUGAAUGGGAAGAAAUAAAGAAAAAUUUAUCAACAACAAUAAUUCAAGGAAAAGUAGUGCUUAAUGUUGGUGGACGUGAAUUUUUAACUACAGUCGAAACUUUAACAAAAGAAAAGAAUUCAUUCUUUACAGGAUUAUUUUCUGAAAGUUGGAAUUUAGAAAAAGAUAAUCGAGAAAGAAUAU